AUGAUGAAGAGAAUCUGGAUUGGCCAGAUGAAGCUUAUGUUAAUAAUAAAAAAUGUUGAGCAUGAAGAACCCCCCCCCCAGUUUAAGGAUGAUGAGUGGGUUCGUUCUUCCACAGUACAUGAUAUCCGCAUUGGCGAAAGUUCAUCCAAUAGAGGAGAUGAUGAGGAGGUCCCUUUCAGAGUUGGUGAAUUAUUUGAGACUAAAGACCAAUUGGUUGAUGCUAUUCGUGAUUACUCAAUCAAAAAGUUGGUCAAAUUCAAGCAAAUUAAAAGCAAUCGUACAAGUUAUGAGGCAAUCUAUUUUAUGAAUACACAAAGGCAAGGUCGGGCAGAGGGGAAUGAAUCUGAUUACGCAUGUCCUUGGAAGUUAUAUGCAUUUGCCGGAAAGAAACAUAAUGGGUAUUUUAGGAUCACAAAAUAUUGCGGUGUUCACACGUGUAACAAUCCAAUAUUCGAGAGAGACCACAGUGGUGCCUCCUCCUCUUACAUAGCUCGGUUGAUUAUGCCAAGAUUAAAAAAGAAGCUUGAACUAAAGCCCGAUGACAUAAUUGAGAGAGUGUCACAUGAUAAGUGGAUUAAAAUAUCGUAUAUCAAAGCAUGGAAUGCAAGGAGAAUUGCGAUGACAAAAAUAUUUGGUGAUUGGGAGAAGUCUUACGUGACUCUGCCUCAAUAUCUUAAUGCGAUCAAAAGAAGUAAUCCUGGAUCUGAAUACAAACUCAUAACCAAAGAGGUCAAUCCGGGAGUUCAUAAAUUCACCUCUGUAUUUUGGGUAUUUGGUCCUUCGAUGGAGGGAUUUAAAUUUUGUCGGCCGAUCCUUAGCAUUGAUGGGACACACUUAUACGGUAAAUAUAAGGGUGUAUUGCUUGUCGCUACAGGAGUAGAUGCAUAUGGGGGCUUAUUUCCUUUGGCCUUCGCAGUUUUAGAGGUUGAGAACAGUGAAAAUUAG